CGCCGGCAGCGGAGGCGGAGGGACGGGGCGCAGCAGCCCCACAGCCACCCUGCGCCUCUCGGCCGGCGGCAGCUCCCCGGGCCGGCCGCCGCCUCUCCCCUCCGGCAUGUUUUAAGCCCAGCGCUGCCUGCUCCCCUUUGGGUUUCCCUUCCUGCCGCCGUAGAGUCCCGUUCCGUUGCUCCCUGUUCGAUCCUUGCGCAUCACCCCUUCGAAAGGCCGGCGGCUGGGGGGGGAGAGGGGCUGGUGGGCGCCCGGGGGGCGGGGGGACAGGGCAGAAAAGCCCCUCUCGGCACCAUGGCGUCCAGCUAUGCCCACGCUAUGGAGAGGCAGGCCCUGCUGCCCGCCCGCCUCGACGGCCCCGCCGGUCUGGACAAUUUACAAGCCAAGAAGAACUUCUCCGUGAGUCACCUGCUGGACCUAGAGGAGGCAGGCGACAUGGUGGCAGCCCAGGCUGACGAGGGCGGCGGAGAGCCUGGCCGGAGCUUGUUGGAGUCCCCCGGGCUGACCAGCGGUAGUGACACCCCGCAACAGGACAAGCUGAUGGACCAAGGGAGGGUCUGCAGGAAGCACCUGGCUGCCGAUGUCCACAGGUUACACACGGAUGAUCAGCUGAACUCAGAAGAGAAGAAGAAAAGAAAGCAGAGGAGAAACAGGACUACCUUCAACAGCAGCCAGCUCCAGGCAUUAGAGAGGGUCUUUGAGAGGACACACUACCCUGAUGCCUUUGUACGGGAAGACCUUGCACGCAGGGUCAAUCUCACUGAAGCCAGAGUUCAGGUGUGGUUCCAGAACCGGAGAGCCAAGUUUCGCCGGAAUGAGAGGGCGAUGCUGGCCAGCAAGAAUGCCUCUCUGCUCAAAUCCUACUCAGGGGAUGUGACCGCCGUGGAGCAGCCCAUAGUACCUCGCCCAGCUCCAAGACCCACUGACUAUCUCUCCUGGGGUACCGCUUCACCUUACAGUGCCAUGGCCACUUACUCCGCCACGUGUACUAAUGCCAGCCCAGCACAGGGUAUGAAUAUGGCCAACAGUAUUGCCAACCUGAGACUGAAGGCAAAGGAAUAUAGUUUACAGAGGAAUCAAGUGCCCACAGUCAAUUAAUGACUGGAGGCAUCUGCCUUGCAGAAGGAGAAAAUACAACAGCACCUGUCCUGCUUUGCAACUUGUCUGUGCUAAAAGAAAAAAAAAAAACAACAAAACCCACACACACCAAAAAAAAAAAAAAAAAAAAAAAGAAAAGAAAAAGAUUAAAAAAAGUCAACCCUAACCCAGAACUGACACAGGGACCAAACUGGGAGCAAACUGAACCGCUCAUGAGUAACAAGGUUCCUCCUUCCUUUUGGGAUAAUGCCACCAUUUUUAUUUUUCUUGUAAUUGUCAGGUUUAUUGCUUCUGCUCAAUAUACUAUGAGCUUCUUCAGUAAGGGACAGUCUCAUCCUUGUUGGUUUCCAUUUUCAUAUGGGACUGCAAAAAAACCUCGGCUGAUCUCAGCCCAUGGACAUAUCCCACCCACCAUCAUGCUGAGAUACAAAGCUUGCUCCUCUCCUCCCUGUCCCAGCUCACCCUAGAAGAAGUUUUUUGGUCACAGCUUUCUGUUGUAUCCACCUGACCCUCCAUCCCUCCAGUCCCCUGUGCCACAGAGGCAGCACCGUUACCAUUAGUCUGCAGGAAACCCAUUAGUGCAACGAGAUGGGGUCAUCCUGCCCUGGUUGCCUGGACCAGUCUGAUACAUGAGGAAGACCUCCUUAGGCUUUGCAGCGCUUCAUUGCUUUCUUGAGUAUUCCCAGCACUGCUCCCUCAAAAAGCCAAAGAAGACAGAAAAGCCAACAUGGGUGUGAAGUUGGGGGUGGGGAGCCUUCCGGAGGGAUUGCUCUGUAGUGCCAAGAAUAGGACUGUUAGGACACUCCUUUCUAUGCCUUACAGUUUGCGCCACAGGGAAAGGCGUUGUCCAGAUGCAUUUGUUUUAUAUAUACUGUAUAUAUUUAUAUAUAUAAGAUAAUACGUGCAAGCUUGGUUGGUGUUUUUUAUUAAACAAAAUAAAAUCCAUUGAAAAUGUUUGGGAUGUUUGUGCUGCAUCCAGGUUCCUGGAGCUGUGCAUUGAAAUUCCAGCCACAGACACCCUUGUCAGAGCUCUUCUCUGUAGCUUUGAUCAGCACUUGAAAUGACCACCUCACAUCUUCUCAUGAGAAACUCCAGAGAUGUGGCAUUGGAGGGAGCCAUGGUCCUUUGCAGAUUUCCCCAUGGAAAUUUGCAGCUUUAUAGAAUAAGACAAGGUUCUCCUUUCUGGUUGGUUAGGUUCAUGUGGCUCUUGAGAACACUCAAGGAUAUCCCGAUGGAAAGUCUCAGACAGCCCCUCUGAGGACAGCUGAUGUCUCGGCAGGGAGCAUCCCACAUGAAGACCGUAUUUCCCUCCAGUUCCAAUAACACUGCCCACUACGACUUGUCCUAUAGUCUUAACUACUGUCCUUUGUUCUCCUUACCUGCUGUUCUCCCUCUGGAACCUACAGAGCUGAUUAGGAGCUGAUUUCCUUCUUUCCAUAAAAAAUACACCCAAUGCAACCCAGAAGAGGUUUCUUCUUUCCAGGCACCCUGAGGAAUUUAGGAUCUUCCAUGUUGCUGGUGAUGCCUGCCUCUUUCAAAUCUGAGGGGAUAAUUUGAUGUAUUUAUUGCAAACAGUGCUUGUGCAGGAGACUUUUUGCCAUGGAGUAGUCCCACUGAAAGCAGCAGAGCUACUCUGUGGUCCAGGCUGGACCAUAGAGGAAGGAUAAUGAAGGGCAGUCAUGAAGCAUACUUCUGGUAAAGUGGCUUAGGACUCCAUCUUGGUGUUUCCUGCAGACACACUGGGCAUGUGUAGAUGUCUGUGAGUGGGCUUUGAUAGGCUAAACCAGCAGGUUGCAGGAAAUGAGAAAUAAAUCUCUUUAAAGUGAAGGUGAAAAUUAAACUGGCAGAGAAUGAAUGGAAAUCCAGUCAAAGUGUUUGAACUAACACUGGGAAAAAAGUCCCAAAUCCAAACUAGUGUAAGUUAUGUUCAUGACUGUGUUGCUCCUGAGUUGUUGUUGGGUUGGCGUUUUUGUUUCUUCUCAGUGUAUGGAUAUUUGGGGGAGGGGAGGAAAUAAAUUUAAUUGUGACCAGGACAAAAAGCUAAAGAUCACACAUCACACUUGCAGACAGAACACCAGCAGGGGAAGUGAGGCUGGGCAAGCGAUACAUCUUAUGAAAUCCAUAAUGUUCUGUUUAAUCCCUUUUUUGGCCUUCUGUAGUCUGGAGAAGCUAAGGUCUCUAAAGUCUAUAAGCCAAAAUAUUUCUGUCAUGAGUAGUGUGGUUCCAGCUCCUAGAGCCAAGUGAUCACAUUGGAAAACUCAGCCUUCACUUAGAAACUCACGCUUGAUUUCUGUGCCUACACAAACAGAGAAGACUAUGGAAGAACAUGUCCUGCACGAUCAGAAAGAAAAAUGACCCAGUGCAAUGUAACAUUAUUCAGAGGCUGAUGAGUGCCUUAGCCUGAUGCUUUCUCCUCUCUGUGCCUUGCUGCCCUCCUCUGCAAACACCAACAUCCCAGCAGUGACGGCAGCCUGAACAAGCUUCCAUGUGGUGGCCAUUGUUCCUCAGUUUCAGUGCCUGAGUUUCCACUCUGGAUGUUUCAGCUGUUUCCUUCAGCGUCUUUUUGGCCAGUGGCUUUCCUCUAGUCUUUGCUCACCUUUUCUGCAGAAUUAAAAUCACCUUGAGCAACUUUCAUUGGUGUCUGUGUUCAGGCAUCUGUUUCUGAAGUUAGCAAAGAGAUGGUUCAGAGAGCAUGGAGCUCCUGAUAUCCCAUUAUUCAUCUGUGGACAGAGAUAUCAAUUCCUACCCCCACCCUGUGAUGCUUACAUGGAGGGGCUCACAUAAAUGCCUGUGCAAACCUUUCUUCACCCUCCUCGCUUUAUUUGUGUGAGGAAUUGAACUGACUUGCAUGGGGCUGUUCCUGCAGGAAGCUUAUGUAAGCUUUUGCACUUCCAGUUUUAGUUGGGUCUUGCCUUGGUUUGGGCUCCCUGGUUGGGAAUGCCAUCACAGCUGACUCGGCUGUUGUCAGUCCAGAUGAGAGCUUUACACCACUUUUGAGCUGGGUGACAUCAAGAUGUAAACCAGAGCAUCCAGGAGAAUAUUGCUUUGCUUACAUGGAUUUGCUGAGCUGAGUCCAGCUGGGUGAAUGGACAGGUUUUGUUGUUUGUUUCUUAAUUGCUGAUAACCUCAGCCAAUGGGCAGUGUCUAUCUAGCUGUCUAUCAAGCCAAAGCAAAAUUUUGUGACUAUAUGUUUAAUCUCUAUUUUAUUGAACCAUGUAAAUAUAUGUGCAAAUUAAGGACCUUGUCAUGAAAGCAUGGAGUUCUCCAGGGUUUUAACACUUUCAGUUGCAGCUCCAUGAAGCUGCGAAGGUUACCCCAGUUAUCACUGAGUUUAGGUACCAUUCAGGGGAGAAAAAUGUCUUGAGGCACAUUUCUCAUGGCUGCUCUGUAAGAAUGCUGCUUUCUCAGCCCUCUUGCUCCCCUCCCCCAGAAAUAUGUGGCUGAUUCCCUCUAAGUGGGAUUUUUGAGCAUGACAGGGAUGCAUGAUUGAUGGGCUGGUGGAGCUUGACACAUGAAGCCAUGGGAGGUGUUCCCAGAUGGAAGUGUAUGCUGUAAAUUAUAUCUUGCUUUGUGAUGUAAAAUGUACAGUGUUUGCACUAGAAUAGAAAUUAUCAUUUUCAAUAAAAGGGGAAAAAAAUUCCCCAAUGCUUUCCAUAAGCUGCCA